AUGGCAGAAAAUAUAAAGAAAAAAUUUAGUAGGGAAAAACCUCAUGUAAAUAUUGGUGGUAUAGGUCAUGUCGACCAUGGAAAAACUACCUUAAUUGCUGCGAUAACUAAAUAUCUAGCGGCAAAAGGGCAAGCCAAAUUUAAAGAUUAUGGUGAAAUUGAUAAGGCUCCUGAGGAAAAAAGUCGAGGAAUUACGAUUAGCACUUCACAUGUUGAGUUUGAAACUAGCGAUAGAACUGAUGCUAAAGGAACUAAAAUGGAUGGGGCAAUACUGAUUUGUUCAGCACAAGAUGGAGCCAUGAAUCAAACUAAGGAACAUUUACUUCUGGCAAAACAAAUUGGAAUUAAAUACAUAGUAGUCUUUAUUAAUAAAGUAGAUGUAGUUUUAGAUUUAGAUCAAAUACAAUUGGUAAAGGAUGAAAUUAAAGAUGAAUUAAAAAAACUUGGUUAUGAUGCUGAAAAAACUCCUAUGAUUGGUGGUUCAGCUUUGUGUGCUCUCGAAGGAAAAAAUUCAGAAAUAGGAGAAAAGGCAAUUGUCGAAUUGUUAGAAGCAGUUGAUAAACAUAUCCCUACUCCGGAGCGAAAUGUAGAUGCCCCUUUCAAAAUGUAUAUUGAGGAUAUAUUUUCUAUUGAAAAAGUAGGAACAGUGAUAACUGGAAGAGUAGAACAAGGUACAUUAAAAAAAGGCGAGGAGAUAGAAAUAUCGGGGCUAGGAAGACCAACAAAAAAAACUGUUGCUACUGGUUUGGAAAUGCAUAAUAAAGAAUUAGGAGAGGAAGGAGCUCAACCAGGCGAUGGUAUAGGAAUUAAAUUGAGAGGAGUUGCAAAGGAUGAAGUGGAAAGAGGACAACUUGUUUCCAAAGUAAGUGAGGCAGAAAAGUUAAAAGAAAAAAUUAAGACUUGUAAUAAAUUUUCUGCUACAGCUUAUAUAUCAAGCAAAGAAGAAAGAGGAAGACACACUAGUUUCCGAAGUGGUUAUCGACCUCAAUUUUACUUUCGGACUGCUGAUGUAACCGGAACAAUAUCAUUAAAAAAUAAGGAUGAAGAAGUAAAGCCAGGAAAUAGUGUUGAGUUCACAGUUGAAUUAAUUAAGCCGUUGGCUAUUGAGGAAAAAGAAAAAUUUAUUAUGCGAGAAGGUGGAUCGACAAUAGGGCAAGGAACAGUUUUAGAAAUUAUUGGAGUAAUAAUGAAGAGUAAGAUAAUUGCACAAGCCAAAAAGGUUUUUCGUGAUUACAGAAUAAUUGACAAAUUCAUUGCCGGAAUUGUUUUGACUGGCAAUGAAAUAAAAUCAUUGCGUAGUCAUCAGGUUUCGAUUAAUGAGGCUUAUAUAUUGCCACAGAAAGGGGAGUUAUAUGUUAUAAGUAUGCCUGUUGCGGCUUAUAAAUAUUCUAAUCCUAAGGACUUAACUAAAGUUUAUGACCCGCAAAGGAUGAAAAAAAUUCUGCUUAAAAGAAGAGAAAUUAACAAAGGGUUGAGCGAAGUUAGAGAUUGCUCUGGCCCAGCGUUUGCGAAAAUACCAAAUAAAGGAGAAACCUAUCAACUAGAAAGCAGUUUUGAGAGUUUACUUUCUUUGGCAAAUAAUCUUUCUCAUUACUGUGGAAUAAAUUUUACCACCUUUCGUUUAGAUGUUAAAAGGAGCGAUAAAAAAUUUCCUAAAAAUUCUUUGACUCUUCAGAAAGAAUUAGGAGAAAUUAUUCGAAAAAAAUAUGACUUAAAAGUUGAUUUAAGUGAUCCACAAAAGACUUUUUAUAUUCGGAUUUAUCCACAGUUUAUUCUUUUUUUCAGCGAAAAAAUUAAGGGUUUAGGGGGAUUACCGGUGGGGAGUUCUGGUCAAGUUUUAGUGCUGCUUAGUGGGGGGAUAGAUUCACCGGUGGCAGCCUAUCAACUAAUGAAAAGAGGUUUAGAAGUUGUUUAUUUGCAUUUUUAUCACCAAAAAGAGGGCCAAGAAAAAAUAUCUGCUCUGAGUGAAAAGUUAAGUCCUUAUAACAAUUUUUCUAAGCAGGUUUACUUAGUCAAUGCCCAGCCUCUUUUUACUGAAAUUAGUCAUAUUAGUCAAGAAAAAUACCGCCUAAUCAUUCUGAAAAGAAUGUUUAUUCGCUGUGCUUGUUUUUUGGCUGAAAAAUUAGCGAUUACUACCCUGGCUACUGGUGAUUCCUUAGCUCAAGUGGCCUCUCAAACUCUCGAAAGUUUAGCAGUUAUUCAACAAGCCUCUAUAAGCGCUUUUGAAAAAUUAGAGACUUUAGCCCAAAAAAUAACCGAAUUGAACCAUAAUUUAGAAAAAGAAACAACUAAUGAUAAAGAUAAAAAAAAUAGUUUCUUUCGCCGCCUCGGGCAGAGUUUAGGACUAGUUAAAAAACCAAAUCCUCUUUCUAAGUUAAAAAGGUUAAUAAAAAGUAAAUGUCAAGAACUAGAGAAGAUAGUUAGGAAAAUGAGAGAAGAAAAAUACAAACAAAUCAACUUGUUGACUCCUUUAAUUAGUUACGAUAAGAAGGAAAUAAUCGCUGAAGCCCAAAAGAUAGGAACCUAUGACCUGUCUUUAAAAAGUUAUGAUGAUUGCUGUUCUUUGUUCGAACCGCGUUAUCCAGUGACUAAGCCUAGAAAAGAAAUAGUAGAAAAAUUGGAAAAAGAGAUUUUUUGGUCGGAAGUUUUAGAGAAAAUUUACAUUCAGAGAGAAACCAAACCGGAGGGAAUAUUUCCUGACUUAAAACUUGUAAUAGUGUCGGCAUUAAGUGGCGAAGCAGAGAUCGAAUUUACUAUUAAAAACUUAAAAUACGAUGAGGAGAAAGGAAUUUUAAUUGGUCUGGGAGGCGGAGGGAGGAGUCUUUUUUUGUACGAAAAAGAUUUUGAGAGUAUAGAGGAUGAAGAACUUGCAGCCAAAGAAAAUGGAUUUGACAUUGAUAAUGACCCAGGCGUGGAAACCUUGAUUAGUGAAGAAGGAAAAUAUAAAGGUUUUUAUAUUGGAAAUGGGGAAAAAUAUCAAACUUUAGUAACCCUAAGUUCAAAUUUAUUUUCCUCUGUUCCCACUUCUUUUUUCUUCUCCGCCGGAAGCAAAAACCGCUAUACUAGAAAAAAUAUCGACAAUUUUCGAGAAUUAUUUCCGAAUAAUCUAGACCAAAACAACCCUAAAUAUUUCCUUGGUUUUCGGCCUGGUGAUAUUGAAAAGAUAGGUACUAAAUUUUGUAGUGUUUUUCAUCAGAGGGAUAUUAAAGAUCAACAAGGGAACUUCUGGGAAAUAGAAUUUGGUAAAGAACUUACCCGCACUUAUUAUGAACUUAAAAGUUGUUAUGAAAGCAAAAAAAUAGAAGAGGCAAGUGAAAAACAACAAAUAAAAGAAAUUAUUUUUUCGGCAAUAGCUUUCAAUGAGUGGAGUAAUAAAAAUAAAAAGGAGCAUUGA